AUGCUUUCUUUGCCCACACUCUUGUUUUCUGCCUUCAAGCGACCCUUACCACUGAUCACAGGUAAAUUUAGUCAUUUACGUCCUUUCGAUAAUUAUUUCGUUACUUCUGAAAGCAGCUUCAGCAGUGAACAACUGCGCCACAUGUCCUCCCACAGUCCAGUCCAGCUGUUAGAGAUGGUCAAGUCUGUCAUACCUCCUCUACAUUAUGAGAUGCAUAAAGGGCAGGCAGGCAGGCUGGCCAUCAUUGGAGGCUGUCAAGAGUACACGGGAGCUCCUUACUUUGCUGCCAUUUCAGCAUUAAAAGUGGGGGCUGACUUGUCACAUGUCUUCUGCUCCUCUGAUGCUGCCACAGUCAUCAAGAGUUACAGUCCAGAGUUGAUCGUCCACCCACUGUUGGACAGACAGAAUGCCAUAGAUGAAAUCUCCCAGUGGCUGCCCAGAUUUCAUUCCCUUGUGGUGGGCCCUGGCCUUGGACGAGAUAGUCAUUUACUGAAAACUGCAGCUGCGGUGAUACAGAAAGCCCUGGUGCAGAAGUUACCGUUGGUGAUUGAUGCUGAUGGUUUGUUUCUUAUCACUCAAGACCCCAGCUUGGUGCAAGGGCUCUCCAAUGUCAUUCUCACACCAAAUGCUGCAGAGUUUGGACGGUUGUAUCGAAAAGUUUUUGACCGUGAACCUGACCCCACUGAACCAAUCAUCAGUGUCAAGGAACUCUGCAGGAAACUAGGUCAUGUGACCAUCGUACACAAAGGCCUCCAUGACAUCAUUUCUGAUGGAGAGCAAGUUCUAGUCUGCUCAGAACAAGGCAGUCCCAGACGAUGCGGAGGACAGGGUGACCUUCUAUCUGGGUCAAUGGGGGUCUUUGCUUUCUGGUCCACGGUGUCUCACCAGAAAGUAGAAGAAGGCUCUCUGUUGAAGAUCUAUGGCCCAGGGAUAUGUGCUGCCUAUGCUGCUUGUGCGUUGACUCGGAUCUGCAGCAGACGAGCUUUUGAGGUCCAUGGUCGGUCGAUGACAACAACUGAUCUCAUCUCACAGAUCCAGGAGUCUUUUGAAUAUUUGUUUACAUAA